UUCGGCAUGGCGGCGGAGCAGCCCCAGCCCGAGGGCUCCAAGGCGCUGAGCGGGUUGCUGAGCGGCAUCGCGCAGGCCGCGUACUACGGCCACGCGGGCAUCAGCGAGGAGCUGCUGCGGGGCCAGCUCUACCCCGAGGCGGCACCGCACGAGUUCCGGGCCCUGCUCGCCAAGAUGAGCGGCGUCCUCAAGGAAUCUGAAUUUCUGUGUUUGGAAUUUGAUGAGGCCAAGGUGACUCAAAUGCUGAAGAAACUGUCAGAGAUUGAAGAGAGCAUAACGGCGCUGACGCAGACCACCUGACUGUUAAGAUAAAUAAAGAGAUUGUGACUCAGAA